CCAGCCAGUGGUCUGGUCGCCAGUGGGUCUCAGUCCACGCCUUCGCCACCGGCCUCCAGUUGGUCUCAGCCCGCACCCACGCCUUCGCCUUCGUCUACGUCGCCAACCUCCAGGGGGUUCCAGCCCGCACCUUCGCCUUUGUCGCCAGCCUCCAGGGGAACCCAGCCCGCACCUACGCCUUCGCCUUCGUCGCCAGCCUCCAGGGGAACCCAGCCCGCACCUUUGCCUUCGCCUUCAUCGCCGGAUUCCAGUGAGUUCCAGGCCUAUGUCUUCGUCGCUGCCCUCCGGCGAGUUUCAGGCCGCGCCUACACCUUCUUCGCCGCCCUCCGGCGAGUUCCAGGCCACGCCUACGUCUUCGUCGCCGCCCUCCGGCGAGUUCCAGGCCACGCCUACGUCUUCGUUGCCGGCCUCCGGCGAGUCUGAGGCCGCGCCUACGCCUUGGUCUCUCUGUUUUUCUCAGUGAGGAGCUCUUUAUUUUACAUGGAUAUAUGGUCUUAUUGUGGGCAUAAUUGUGUAUUUGUAUAAACAGUGUAUUUCGUCAACUACUGAAAAUACAUCUCUGGCAGCGUCUCUGCUGUUUGACAUGGGAAUUGUGUCACUCUCCCAAAUUCGUAUCAAGUAGUGAUAAUGAAGGAGCGCAUCAAUUUUUGAACAUGGUUACUGUCUUCCAUGUAGGCUACUGCACUUCAUUUUGAAACAACACAAUGUGCGCAUAUAUCCUCUGGUAUGUUGUGUGCCUCCACAUAUCAUAUAAACAAUAAUGGUGGGUCGCCAUGGCCAAAAUGCCGGGGCCAUUUUUUGGUCCUAUUCCAGCCCUGAGUACAAGGCCCCGCUCAGUUGGCAUCACUGUGAAGGAGGAGUUCAUGCUGGUGGGCAAGAUGAUGCCAUACUCCCUCUGCAGCAGGAACUGUGGGCACUUUGUAACCGAGCUGUGCUGCUGAGAAGCUGACUCCCGGCAGGUGCUGAGAGUCAUCUGGAAAGUGAAACCAGUUUAAGGACUGACAUGGGCCAGUCACAGUCUGAUGAGACACCAGAGCCUGGGGACUUGAUUAAGAUCUUGCGAGGUGGUUAUCAGCACUGGGCUGUGUAUGUUGGUGAUGGCGACAUUGUUCAUGUCACAUUGCCUCCAGGCGCUGACGUCCAGCGUGCAGCUUCCAACACCUUGAUGUCUGUCCCGACUGAGAAGGCCAUGGUGAGGAGAGAGAAGCUGAAGGAGGUGGUGGGAAACAACAAAUGGAGAAUCAACAACAGCCUGGACAAAAAGUACAAGCCCCGCUCACCUGACAUUAUUGUGGAGGAGGCGCUCAGGCAGGUUGGCGAGAUGAUGGAAUAUUCCGUCACCAGCAAGAACUGUGAGCACUUUGCAACCAACCUGCGUUACGGACAGGCUGAGUCCCGGCAGGUACUUAAUACAGUAGCUGCACAUAGUGUGAUUGCUGCCAAAUUCUUCCGAGGUUGAUUGACGGACGGACAGAGUUUUUCUUCCACCUCUCCUCCUGUCUGAAACUUUCCACUUUUUAAUUUAACAUGCCAAGAUGACAUUUUUCAAAAAGGUUUUCUUUUUUACUUGAUAAGUAAUGUUCAUUGUUGCCAAUACAUGAUAAGACAAGAAUGUUUUAAACAAUGAAACUGAGCUAAUUAUAUAUCACAGACAUGUCUUAUAAUGUCCCACACACUCUCUUUAUUGUAAGAGCUGCAUGAACUCAGUUUCAUGAUGUCCGAACCACUUCAACCCUUCUGUACUUGUCUUCUCACAUGUUCCUGCUGAUUGGUUGACAAUUUAGCUGGAUUCUAUAAAGUUCUGUCUUACUCAGACAUUAAAUCAUCUGUUAUUGCUUUG